GGGUGGAGUCUCCUUCAUGUAGAUAAACUCUCACUGUAGAACACUGAAACCACUGCUCUGAUCCUGUAGCAGUGAACAUUUUCCAAACCUAACACUUUGCAACAUUGAGCAUUCUGUUCCUGACAGACCUAGGGUCAUAGAAAGAUCUUCAAAAUGUCACUUCAAGAAAAAGGCCUAACACGAAGAAGUACCUUCCGAGGUAUUAAAAAGCAAGUAACAGCUGAAAACUUGCUGAAAUCUAAAAUUAUUGAUCAGAAAAUUUUUGACGACCUUAGCACUGGAAACAUCACAGUAGACCAAGUAAGCAAUAUGGAUUCAGUACGGAAGUACCUGCAGGGAACCGACUGUAUUGCAGGGGUGUUUGUGCAGUCCACCAAACAGACCAUGAGCAUCUAUGAAGCCAAAUCCAAAGGACUUCUCACACCUGGAACGGCGCUGGUUUUACUGGAAGCUCAAGCUGCUACUGGAUUCAUGAUUGAUCCAGUGAAUAACAAAAAACUUUCGGUGGAGGAGGCAGUGGCUGAGGGGGUUGUUGGAACUGAGUGCAAAAACAAGCUGAUUUCUGCAGAGAGGGCAGUCACUGGUUACACCGACCCUCACACAGGAAACACCAUUUCCUUGUUCCAGGCCUUGAAGAAAGACUUAAUUGUCAAAGAUCAUGGCAUUCGUCUUCUGGAGGCACAGAUCGCUACCGGGGGCAUCAUUGAUCCAGUGUACAGCCACCGUGUGCCUGUGGAGGUGGCUUACCAGAGAGGAUAUUUUGAUGAAGAAAUGAACCAGAUUCUGUUGGACCCGAGCGAUGACACCAAAGGCUUGUUUGACCCCAACACAAAGGAAAACCUCACCUAUUUGCAACUACUUGACAGGUGUAUAAAAGACCCACACACUGGCCUUAGACUGCUUGUUGUUGUGAAAAGGGGAGAGUUUUACUUCUACAUUGAUGAACAUACAAAGACAAUCCUCCAGUCCACUACCACAAACAAGGCAGGGGGUAAAUUCCAAGGAAAGGAAGUUUCCCUCUGGGAUCUCCUCCAUUCUGAAUACAUCGAAGAGGAAAAGAAAAGAGAUCUGGUUCAGCAAUUUAAGUCUGGCACUAUAACAAGUGAAUACUUCUUGAAGCAAGUGCUAACUAUUAUUCGCCAGAAAACCUCCAGUGUGAGUGUUACUACUACUACCACCACCACCACAACAGAUCGCCCUACUUUCCGGGGAAUAAAAAAGCAAGUAACAGCUCUGAACUUGCUGGAAUCUAAAAUCAUUGAUCAGAAAAUUUUUGAAGACCUUAGCGUUGGAAAAGUCACAGUAGAUCAAGUAAGCAAUAUGGAUUCGGUACGGAAGUACCUGCAAGGUACCGACUGUAUUGCAGGGGUGUUUGUGCAGUCCACCAAACAGACCAUGAGCAUCUCUGAAGCCAAAUCCAAAGGACUUCUAACACCUGGAACGUCGCUUGUUUUACUGGAAGCUCAAGCUGCUACUGGAUUCAUGGUCGAUCCACUGAACAACAAAAAACUUUCGGUGGAGGAGGCAGUGGCUGAGGGGGUUGUUGGAACUGAAUGGAAAAACAAGCUACUUUCUGCAGAGAAGGCAGUGACUGGCUACACCGACCCUCACACAGGAAACACCAUUUCCUUGUUCCAGGCCUUGAAAAAAGACUUAAUUGUCAAAGAUCAUGGCAUUCGUCUUCUGGAGGCACAGAUCGCUACCGGGGGCAUCAUUGAUCCAGUGUACAGCCAUCGUGUGCCUGUGGAGGUGGCUUACCAGAGAGGAUAUUUUGAUGAAGAAAUGAACCAGAUACUUUUGGACCCAGGGGAUGAUACCAAAGGCUUCUUUGACCCCAACACACAGGAAAAUCUCACCUACUUGCAACUACUUGACAGGUGUAUAAAAGACCCAUACACUGGCCUUAGACUGCUUGUUGUCGUGAAAAAGGGAGAGUUUUACUUCUACAUUGAUGAACGUACAAAGACAAUCCUCCAGUCCACUACCACAAACAAGGCAGGGGGUAAAUUCCAAGGAAAGGAAGUUUCCCUCUGGGAUCUCAUCCAUUCUGAAUACAUCGAAGAGGAAAAGAAAAGAGAUCUGGUUCAGCAAUUUAAGUCUGGCACUAUAACAAGUGAAUACUUCUUGGAGCAUGUGCUAACUAUUAUUCGCCAGAAAACCUCCAGUGUGACUGUUACUACUACUACCACCACCACCACAACAGAUCGCCCUACUUUCCGGGGAAUAAAAAAGCAAGUAACAGCUCUGAACUUGCUGGAAUCUAAAAUCAUUGAUCAGAAAAUUUUUGAAGACCUUAGCGUUGGAAAAGUCACAGUAGAUCAAGUGAGCAAUAUGGAUUCGGUACGGAAGUACCUGCAAGGUACCGACUGUAUUGCAGGGGUGUUUGUGCAGUCCACCAAACAGACCAUGAGCAUCUCUGAAGCCAAAUCCAAAGGACUUCUCACACCUGGAACGUCGCUGGUUUUACUAGAAGCUCAAGCUGCUACUGGAUUCAUGGUCGAUCCACUGAACAACAAAAAACUUUCGGUGGAGGAGGCAGUGGCUGAGGGGGUUGUGGGAACUGAAUGGAAAAUCAAGCUACUUUCUGCAGAGAGGGCAGUGACUGGCUACACCGACCCUCACACAGGAAACACCAUUUCCUUGUUGCAGGCCUUGAAGAAAGACUUAAUUGUCAAAGAUCAUGGCAUUCGUCUUCUGGAGGCACAGAUCGCUACCGGGGGCAUCAUUGAUCCAGUGUACAGCCACCGAGUGCCUGUGGAGGUGGCAUACCAGAGAGGAUAUUUUGAUGAAGAAAUGAACCAGAUACUUUCGGACCCGGGCGAUGAUACCAAAGGCUUCUUUGACCCUAACACACAGGAAAACCUCACCUACUUGCAACUACUUGACAGGUGUAUAAAAGACCCUCACACUGGCCUUAGACUGCUUGUUGUCGUGAAAAAGGGAGAGUUUUACUUCUACAUUGAUGAACGUACAAAGACAAUCCUCCAGUCCACUACCACAAACAAGGCAGGGGGUAAAUUCCAAGGAAAGGAAGUUUCCCUCUGGGAUCUCAUCCACUCUGAAUACAUCGAAGAGGAAAAGAAAAGAGAUCUGGUUCAGCAAUUUAAGUCUGGCACUAUAACAAGUGAAUACUUCUUGGAGCAAGUGCUAACUAUUAUUCUCCAGAAAACCUCCAGUGUGACUGUUACUACUACCACCACCACCACCACAACAGAUCGCCCUACUUUCCGGGGAAUAAAAAAGCAAGUAACAGCUCUGAACUUGCUGGAAUCUAAAAUCAUUGAUCAGAAAAUUUUUGAAGACCUUAGCGUUGGAAAAGUCACAGUAGAUCAAGUAAGCAAUAUGGACUCGGUACGGAAGUACCUGCAAGGUACCGACUGUAUUGCAGGGGUGUUUGUGCAGUCCACCAAACAGACCAUGAGCAUCUCUGAAGCCAAAUCCAAAGGACUUCUAACACCUGGAACGUCGCUUGUUUUACUGGAAGCUCAAGCUGCUACUGGAUUCAUGGUCGAUCCACUGAACAACAAAAAACUUUCGGUGGAGGAGGCAGUGGCUGAGGGGGUUGUUGGAACUGAAUGGAAAAACAAGCUACUUUCUGCAGAGAAGGCAGUGACUGGCUACACCGACCCUCACACAGGAAACACCAUUUCCUUGUUCCAGGCCUUGAAAAAAGACUUAAUUGUCAAAGAUCAUGGCAUUCGUCUUCUGGAGGCACAGAUCGCUACCGGGGGCAUCAUUGAUCCAGUGUACAGCCAUCGUGUGCCUGUGGAGGUGGCUUACCAGAGAGGAUAUUUUGAUGAAGAAAUGAACCAGAUACUUUUGGACCCAGGGGAUGAUACCAAAGGCUUCUUUGACCCCAACACACAGGAAAAUCUCACCUACUUGCAACUACUUGACAGGUGUAUAAAAGACCCAUACACUGGCCUUAGACUGCUUGUUGUCGUGAAAAAGGGAGAGUUUUACUUCUACAUUGAUGAACGUACAAAGACAAUCCUCCAGUCCACUACCACAAACAAGGCAGGGGGUAAAUUCCAAGGAAAGGAAGUUUCCCUCUGGGAUCUCAUCCAUUCUGAAUACAUCGAAGAGGAAAAGAAAAGAGAUCUGGUUCAGCAAUUUAAGUCUGGCACUAUAACAAGUGAAUACUUCUUGGAGCAUGUGCUAACUAUUAUUCGCCAGAAAACCUCCAGUGUGAGUGUUACUACUACUACCACCACCACCACCACAACAGAUCGCCCUACUUUCCGGGGAAUAAAAAAGCAAGUAACAGCUCUGAACUUGCUGGAAUCUAAAAUCAUUGAUCAGAAAAUUUUUGAAGACCUUAGCGUUGGAAAAGUCACAGUAGAUCAAGUGAGCAAUAUGGAUUCGGUACGGAAGUACCUGCAAGGUACCGACUGUAUUGCAGGGGUGUUUGUGCAGUCCACCAAACAGACCAUGAGCAUCUCUGAAGCCAAAUCCAAAGGACUUCUCACACCUGGAACGUCGCUGGUUUUACUAGAAGCUCAAGCUGCUACUGGAUUCAUGGUCGAUCCACUGAACAACAAAAAACUUUCGGUGGAGGAGGCAGUGGCUGAGGGGGUUGUGGGAACUGAAUGGAAAAACAAGCUACUUUCUGCAGAGAGGGCAGUGACUGGCUACACCGACCCUCACACAGGAAACACCAUUUCCUUGUUCCAGGCCUUGAAGAAAGACUUAAUUGUCAAAGAUCAUGGCAUUCGUCUUCUGGAGGCACAGAUCGCUACCGGGGGCAUCAUUGAUCCAGUGUACAGCCACCGAGUGCCUGUGGAGGUGGCAUACCAGAGAGGAUAUUUUGAUGAAGAAAUGAACCAGAUACUUUCGGACCCGGGCGAUGAUACCAAAGGCUUCUUUGACCCUAACACACAGGAAAACCUCACCUACUUGCAACUACUUGACAGGUGUAUAAAAGACCCUCACACUGGCCUUAGACUGCUUGUUGUCGUGAAAAAGGGAGAGUUUUACUUCUACAUUGAUGAACGUACAAAGACAAUCCUCCAGUCCACUACCACAAACAAGGCAGGGGGUAAAUUCCAAGGAAAGGAAGUUUCCCUCUGGGAUCUCAUCCACUCUGAAUACAUCGAAGAGGAAAAGAAAAGAAAUCUGGUUCAGCAAUUUAAGUCUGGCACUAUAACAAGUGAAUACUUCUUGGAGCAAGUGCUAACUAUUAUUCUCCAGAAAACCUCCAGUGUGACUGUUACUACUACCACCACCACCACCACAACAGAUCGCCCUACUUUCCGGGGAAUAAAAAAGCAAGUAACAGCUCUGAACUUGCUGGAAUCUAAAAUCAUUGAUCAGAAAAUUUUUGAAGACCUUAGCGUUGGAAAAGUCACAGUAGAUCAAGUAAGCAAUAUGGAUUCGGUACGGAAGUACCUGCAAGGUACCGACUGUAUUGCAGGGGUGUUUGUGCAGUCCACCAAACAGACCAUGAGCAUCUCUGAAGCCAAAUCCAAAGGACUUCUAACACCUGGAACGUCGCUUGUUUUACUGGAAGCUCAAGCUGCUACUGGAUUCAUGGUCGAUCCACUGAACAACAAAAAACUUUCGGUGGAGGAGGCAGUGGCUGAGGGGGUUGUUGGAACUGAAUGGAAAAACAAGCUACUUUCUGCAGAGAAGGCAGUGACUGGCUACACCGACCCUCACACAGGAAACACCAUUUCCUUGUUCCAGGCCUUGAAAAAAGACUUAAUUGUCAAAGAUCAUGGCAUUCGUCUUCUGGAGGCACAGAUCGCUACCGGGGGCAUCAUUGAUCCAGUGUACAGCCACCGUGUGCCUGUGGAGGUGGCUUACCAGAGAGGAUAUUUUGAUGAAGAAAUGAACCAGAUACUUUUGGACCCAGGGGAUGAUACCAAAGGCUUCUUUGACCCCAACACACAGGAAAAUCUCACCUACUUGCAACUACUUGACAGGUGUAUAAAAGACCCAUACACUGGCCUUAGACUGCUUGUUGUCGUGAAAAAGGGAGAGUUUUACUUCUACAUUGAUGAACGUACAAAGACAAUCCUCCAGUCCACUACCACAAACAAGGCAGGGGGUAAAUUCCAAGGAAAGGAAGUUUCCCUCUGGGAUCUCAUCCAUUCUGAAUACAUCGAAGAGGAAAAGAAAAGAGAUCUGGUUCAGCAAUUUAAGUCUGGCACUAUAACAAGUGAAUACUUCUUGGAGCAUGUGCUAACUAUUAUUCGCCAGAAAACCUCCAGUGUGACUGUUACUACUACCACCACCACCACCACAACAGAUCGUCCUACUUUCCGGGGAAUAAAAAAGCAAGUAACAGCUCUGAACUUGCUAGAAUCUAAAAUCAUUGAUCAGAAAAUUUUUGAAGACCUUAGCGUUGGAAAAGUCACAGUAGAUCAAGUGAGCAAUAUGGAUUCGGUACGGAAGUACCUGCAAGGUACCGACUGUAUUGCAGGGGUGUUUGUGCAGUCCACCAAACAGACCAUGAGCAUCUCUGAAGCCAAAUCCAAAGGACUUCUCACACCUGGAACGUCGCUGGUUUUACUGGAAGCUCAAGCUGCUACUGGAUUCAUGGUCGAUCCACUGAACAACAAAAAACUUUCGGUGGAGGAGGCAGUGGCUGAGGGGGUUGUGGGAACUGAAUGGAAAAACAAGCUACUUUCUGCAGAGAGGGCAGUGACUGGCUACACCGACCCUCACACAGGAAACACCAUUUCCUUGUUCCAGGCCUUGAAGAAAGACUUAAUUGUCAAAGAUCAUGGCAUUCGUCUUCUGGAGGCACAGAUCGCUACCGGGGGCAUCAUUGAUCCAGUGUACAGCCACCGUGUGCCUGUGGAGGUGGCAUACCAGAGAGGAUAUUUUGAUGAAGAAAUGAACCAGAUACUUUCGGACCCGGGCGAUGAUACCAAAGGCUUCUUUGACCCUAACACACAGGAAAACCUCACCUACUUGCAACUACUUGACAGGUGUAUAAAAGACCCUCACACUGGCCUUAGACUGCUUGUUGUCGUGAAAAAGGGAGAGUUUUACUUCUACAUUGAUGAACGUACAAAGACAAUCCUCCAGACCACUACCACAAACAAGGCAGGGGGUAAAUUCCAAGGAAAGGAAGUUUCCCUCUGGGAUCUCAUCCAUUCUGAAUACAUCGAAGAGGAAAAGAAAAGAGAUCUGGUUCAGCAAUUUAAGUCUGGCACUAUAACAAGUGAAUACUUCUUGGAGCAAGUGCUAACUAUUAUUCUCCAGAAAACCUCCAGUGUGACUGUUACUACUACCACCACCACCACCACAACAGAUCGCCCUACUUUCCGGGGAAUAAAAAAGCAAGUAACAGCUCUGAACUUGCUAGAAUCUAAAAUCAUUGAUCAGAAAAUUUUUGAAGACCUUAGCGUUGGAAAAGUCACAGUAGAUCAAGUAAGCAAUAUGGAUUCGGUACGGAAGUACCUGCAAGGUACCGACUGUAUUGCAGGGGUGUUUGUGCAGUCCACCAAACAGACCAUGAGCAUCUCUGAAGCCAAAUCCAAAGGACUUCUCACACCCGGAACGUCGCUGGUUUUACUGGAAGCUCAAGCUGCUACUGGAUUCAUGGUUGAUCCACUGAACAACAAAAAACUUUCGGUGGAGGAGGCAGUGGCUGAGGGAGUUGUGGGAACUGAAUGGAAAAACAAGCUACUUUCUGCAGAGAGGGCAGUGACUGGCUACACCGACCCUCACACAGGAAACACCAUUUCCUUGUUCCAGGCCUUGAAAAAAGACUUAAUUGUCAAAGAUCAUGGCAUUCGUCUUCUGGAGGCACAGAUCGCUACCGGGGGCAUCAUUGAUCCAGUGUACAGCCACCGUGUGCCUGUGGAGGUGGCAUACCAGAGAGGAUAUUUUGAUGAAGAAAUGAACCAGAUACUUUCGGACCCGGGCGAUGAUACCAAAGGCUUCUUUGACCCUAACACACAGGAAAACCUCACCUACUUGCAACUACUUGACAGGUGUAUAAAAGACCCUCACACUGGCCUUAGACUGCUUGUUGUCGUGAAAAAGGGAGAGUUUUACUUCUACAUUGAUGAACGUACAAAGACAAUCCUCCAGUCCACUACCACAAACAAGGCAGGGGGUAAAUUCCAAGGAAAGGAAGUUUCCCUCUGGGAUCUCAUCCACUCUGAAUACAUCGAAGAGGAAAAGAAAAGAGAUCUGGUUCAGCAAUUUAAGUCUGGCACUAUAACAAGUGAAUACUUCUUGGAGCAAGUGCUAACUAUUAUUCUCCAGAAAACCUCCAGUGUGACUGUUACUACUACCACCACCACCACCACCACCACAACAGAUCGCCCUACUUUCCGGGGAAUAAAAAAGCAAGUAACAGCUCUGAACUUGCUAGAAUCUAAAAUCAUUGAUCAGAAAAUUUUUGAAGACCUUAGCGUUGGAAAAGUCACAGUAGAUCAAGUAAGCAAUAUGGAUUCGGUACGGAAGUACCUGCAAGGUACCGACUGUAUUGCAGGGGUGUUUGUGCAGUCCACCAAACAGACCAUGAGCAUCUCUGAAGCCAAAUCCAAAGGACUUCUCACACCUGGAACGUCGCUGGUUUUACUGGAAGCUCAAGCUGCUACUGGAUUCAUGGUUGAUCCACUGAACAACAAAAAACUUUCGGUGGAGGAGGCAGUGGCUGAGGGAGUUGUGGGAACUGAAUGGAAAAACAAGCUACUUUCUGCAGAGAGGGCAGUGACUGGCUACACCGACCCUCACACAGGAAACACCAUUUCCUUGUUCCAGGCCUUGAAGAAAGACUUAAUUGUCAAAGAUCAUGGCAUUCGUCUUCUGGAGGCACAGAUCGCUACCGGGGGCAUCAUUGAUCCAGUGUACAGCCACCGUGUGCCUGUGGAGGUGGCUUACCAGAGAGGAUAUUUUGAUGAAGAAAUGAACCAGAUUCUUUCGGACCCGGGCGAUGAUACCAAAGGCUUCUUUGACCCUAACACACAGGAAAACCUCACCUACUUGCAACUACUUGACAGGUGUAUAAAAGACCCACACACUGGCCUUAGACUGCUUGUUGUCGUGAAAAAGGGAGAGUUUUACUUCUACAUUGAUGAACGUACAAAGACAAUCCUCCAGUCCACUACCACAAAUGAGGCAGGGGGUAAAUUCCAAGGAAAGGAAGUUUCCCUCUGGGAUCUCAUCCAUUCUGAAUACAUUGAAGAGAAAAAGAAAAGAGAUCUGGUUCAACAAUUUAAGUCUGGCACUAUAACAAGUGAAUACUUCCUGGAGCAAGUGCUAACUAUUAUUCGCCAGAAAACCUCCAGUGUGACUGUUACUACUACCACCACCACCACCACAACAGAUCGCCCUACUUUCUGGGGAAUAAAAAAGCAAGUAACAGCUCUGAACUUGCUGGAAUCUAAAAUCAUUGAUCAGAAAAUUUUUGAAGACCUUAGCGUUGGAAACGUCACAGUUGAUCAAGUAAGCAAUAUGGAUUCGGUACGGAAGUACCUGCAAGGUACUGAUUGUAUUGCAGGGGUGUUUGUGCAGUCCACCAAACAGACCAUGAGCAUCUAUGAAGCCAAAUCCAAAGGACUUCUCACACCUGGAACGUCGCUGGUUUUACUGGAAGCUCAAGCUGCUACUGGAUUCAUGGUCGAUCCACUGAACAACAAAAAACUUUCCGUGGAGGAGGCAGUGGCUGAAGGGGUUGUUGGAAAUGAAUGGAAAAACAAGCUACUUUCUGCAGAGAAGGCAGUGACUGGCUACACCGACCCUCACACAGGAAACACCAUUUCCUUGUUCCAGGCCUUGAAGAAAGACUUAAUUGUCAAAGAUCAUGGCAUUCGUCUUCUGGAGGCACAGAUCGCUACCGGGGGCAUCAUUGAUCCAGUGUACAGCCACCGUGUGCCUGUGGAGGUGGCUUACCAGAGAGGAUAUUUUGAUGAAGAAAUGAACCAGAUUCUUUUGGACCCGGGCGAUGAUACCAAAGGCUUCUUUGACCCCAACACACAGGAAAAUCUCACCUACUUGCAACUACUUGACAGGUGUAUAAAAGACCCACACACUGGCCUUAGACUGCUUGUUGUCGUGAAAAAGGGAGAGUUUUACUUCUACAUUGAUGAACGUACAAAGACAAUCCUCCAGUCCACUACCACAAACAAGGCAGGGGGUAAAUUCCAAGGAAAGGAAGUUUCCCUCUGGGAUCUCAUCCAUUCUGAAUACAUCGAAGAGGAAAAGAAAAGAGAUCUGGUUCAGCAAUUUAAAUCUGGCACUAUAACAAGUGAAUACUUCUUGGAGCAAGUGCUAACUAUUAUUCGCCAGAAAACCUCCAGUGUGACUGUUACUACUACUAUCACCACCACCACAACAAAAAGUCCUACUUUCUGUGGAAUAAAAAAGCAAGUAACAGCUCUGAACUUGCUGGAAUCUAAAAUUAUUGAUAAGAAAAUUUUUGAUGACCUUAGUACUGGAAAAGUUACCGUAGAUCAAGUAAGCAAUAUGGAGUCAGUACGCAAGUACCUGCAGGGAACCGACUGUAUUGCAGGGGUGUUUGUGCAGUCCACCAAACAGACCAUGAGCAUCUAUGAAGCCAAAUCCAAAGGACUUCUCACACCUGGAACGUCGCUGGUUUUACUGGAAGCUCAAGCUGCUACUGGAUUCAUGGUCGAUCCACUGAACAACAAAAAACUUUCCGUGGAGGAGGCAGUGGCUGAAGGGGUUGUUGGAAAUGAAUGGAAAAACAAGCUACUUUCUGCAGAGAAGGCAGUGACUGGCUACACCGACCCUCACACAGGAAACACCAUUUCCUUGUUCCAGGCCUUGAAAAAAGACUUAAUUGUCAAAGAUCAUGGCAUUCGUCUUCUGGAGGCACAGAUUGCUACAGGGGGCAUCAUUGAUCCAGUGUACAGCCACCGUGUGCCUGUGGAGGUGGCUUACCAGAGAGGAUAUUUUGAUGAAGAAAUGAACCAGAUUCUUUCUGACCCGGGUGAUGACACCAAAGGCUUCUUUGACCCUAACACACAGGAAAACCUCACCUAUUUGCAGUUGCUCAACAGAUGUGUCAAAGAUCCACACAAUGGAUUGACUUUACUGAUUUUAAGAAAAUGAGAAAUAUAUCUUAAGGUUUUGUUAGCUUAAGAAAUAACAUGAAUACAACAAAACAUGGAUUUUAACAGCAAAUGCUAAUCACAAUUAACAUUUUAUUUUUUAUCAUCCAUCAGGCAUUGCCUACUUCCUCAUCUUUUUACUUCAGACUUUGAGACAUCAUCUUAUUCUUCUCCAUCAUCAUUCUAAUUUUGCCAUACUAAGUUUCUGCUUCAUCUCUGUAUUUGUCCCUGUAUUUGCAUGUUUCUCAUUGGAGAAUUUUCCACCCAACAGCAACAUUAAGCUGUUUAAACAACACAGCAAUACUCCUGCCUUAGUGCACUACUAACAGUGCAACACCACAAAGUUUCUGUUUGAGAAUGCUCCAGCCGCCAAAUAAUAUCAGGUCUCUAAAUACAGGAGUGGAGUGGGUAUAAAUAAAGUGACAAAAUGUGUAUGGUCAUAACCAUAUUAUAUUAUAACCCACAAAAUGCACCUGAUUAAACAAUGAUUGUAAAUAUUAGAUACAUACACAUGAUAAAGUCGGUGUUUCCUUUUUUAUUGCAAACUUUAUAAUUCCUUAUAAAAUACGGCAUUUGCAGAGGUUUAUGUAAUUAUAAGUGCAAGACAUUUUAAGGAAUGAAUGCAAAGGAAUUUCUUCAAAACUGAAUACUACAGAGUGGAAUCUAUUUUAAUGCAAUGCUUUCAUUUAAUACACUAAUAAACCUUCCAUUUUAA